GAAAGCGAUGAGGGUUUACUCUGCUGUUAUGAAAAGCAGCCGCUGCUCUGCUGAAUGAAAGCAUUCUUCAGUGCGGGUGACCAAUAACUUUUCUUCACUCCGUGGUUGAUGUAAGACGCGUCAGCCAGGCGCGCCCUCUGCACAUCACAGCUCCUCUGUACACACAGCCUGGGACGGGUUUUGAUCUGGAUGGACGCACGGAAACAUUACACAUGCCGCAGAGAGGCUUCUGCAGCCGAAUCGGGACGUUAGGGACCAGGCCCGGCAACACGGAGCUAAAAGGCUAAAAGUUAGCAGUCACUUUCAUCCAGCCGGGAGCUGUCGCUGUUUUUCAACCAAAUACUAAUACAAGGGAGAGCUGCACUUUUAGGGUUACUCGGAACACACCCUUAUCUGACUUCAACACAGGAACUGAUUUAUCAGAGACUGGACAGAUAACGGGAUCAUUCCGGGGAACAGCCCGCCAUAAUCACACAGUGAGUGUGAGAUCACUUCACCAGAGGUUACAUCAACAAUGGCCGAAUUGGACGAGGACUAUGGAAACUACACCUACGAAUACUACAUGGAGUACGGUGACUUGGAGGAACUUAAAGUAAACCACAGACAGAAGGAAACUAUGCACAUAAUCUCAGUGGUCAUCUACAUUAUUUCCUUUGUGCUCGGGCUGAUUGGAAAUGGAACUGUUAUUUGGUUGGUAGCGUUUAAAAGCAAAAAGACAGUCAACAGUGUUUGGUUGCUCAAUCUGGCAUUGGCAGACUUUGUAUUUGUGCUUUUCCUCCCUUUCUACAUUGAUUACAUACUGCGAGACUUCCACUGGGACUUUGGUUUGGUCAUGUGUAAGCUUAACUCAUUUGUGUCCGUUAUGAAUAUGUAUGCCAGUGUACUGUUUCUGACAGUGCUCAGUAUAGACAGAUAUGUUUCUCUUGUCCACCUGAACUGGUCUCAGAAGUAUCGCACUAUAAAGAGAGCCUGGGUUGUAUGCGGUUGCAUAUGGCUGCUGGCUGCUGCCACAAGCUCCCCUGCGCUGAUUUUCCGUGACACAGUGCGCCUACAUGACAAGGUUGUGUGUUUCAACAACUUCCACACACAGGACGGACAUACUGCAGUCAUGAGGCACGUUAUGAUAGUGGUCAUUCGAACUGCUGUGGGCUUCAUUUUGCCUUUUACUGCCAUAAGUGUGACGGGCCUUCUUCUGACAAUCAAGGUGAAUCGAUCUGGUGGCUCGGUCCGGGUGUCAAGCUUCUCUAAAACAAUCUCUGCAGUGAUUCUGGCUUUCUUUUUAUGCUGGGCACCUUUUCAUACUUUUAGCUUGAUGGAGUUAUCCGUACAUUCCUCAUUAUACCUUCACAACAUACUGAAAGCUGGCUUUCCUCUCGCCACCAGUUUAGGCUUUUUUAACAGCUGCAUUAACCCCCUCCUGUAUAUGCUCCUAGGCAAAAAGGUGCGUCGUAUCCUGAAGCAUGCAUGCCUGGACAUUACUAAGAGUUCACUGAGAGAGCUCAGCCAGUCCAUCUCUGCCACUGAGACGGAGUCUGUGCCAGGGGUUCAGCAGGACAGUGUCCCAGAGGAGCCUGUGGAGUCAUCCGCUCUAUGAUUACAGCCAUCCUCAAACUGUAGAGGUGGUGUAUGAAAAACAUCAAAGUAAGACCGGCUAUUACUUUGGAAAAUUAU